CUUGCUUCCCCUUCCAUUCGUUCAAAUCCCAACAAACAGCUAGCUCCAUCUUCUUCUCCGCGCCCCUCAUCGAUCUACGAUCUCUCCCGUCGCGAGCUAGCUAUUAACCGAUUCCUCGACCACCGUACCUCAUUCCGAUCACACGUAGACUAACCGCAAGAUGGAGCUCUCCCUGUCGUCGUCUUCGUCGGCGGCGGUCGAGGUGCCGCACUACUUCCUGUGCCCGAUCUCGCUGGAGGUCAUGCGCGACCCGGUCACGCUCGCCACCGGCAUCACCUACGACCGCGCCAGCAUCGAGCGCUGGCUCUUCUCCGACGGCCACGCUACCUGCCCCGUCACGCGAAGCGCGCUCGCGCCCCACGAGCGGGAGGCCACGCCCAACCACACGCUCCGCCGUCUCAUCCAGGCCUGGUGCGCCGCGCACCAGGUCGAGCGAUUCCCGACCCCGCGCCCGCCCCUCGACUCCUGCCGCGUCGCCGCGCUCCUCGACGAGGGCCGGCACGGCGGGAAGGGGAAUGAGGUAGCCGCGCUAAGGGAGAUCAAGGCCAUCGUCGCCGAGAGCGACCGCAACAGGCGCUGCGUCAAGGCCACCCCCGGCGCCGUCGAGUUCCUCGUCUCUGUCGUCACUAAGCACUCUUCCACCAGCCGCUCCACGUCUAAAUCAUCAAAGCAUGCCGACCAAGAUGCCGACGAGUUCUUGGAGGAGCCGGAUUCUCCGACGUCUACGAGCUCGCAGGAGGAGGACGCGCUCAGCGUUCUCUACUCGCUCAAGCCGUCGGAGAAGAGCCUGGCUCAGAUCCUAGAAAAGGACGGCGACUUCUUGGACACCUUGGCGUCCGUCCUGCGCCGCCCGAGCUACCGGUCGCGCACGUACGGCAUCCUUCUGCUGAAGGCGCUGACAGCGGUCAUGGAGCCAGCGCGGCUGACGACGGUGAGCGCCAAGCUGGUGCAGGAGGUGGUACGGGUGGUCGUGGACCGGGUGUCCUCCAAGGCCGUGAGGGCGGCGCUUCACGUGCUCUGCCGCCUGUGCCCGUGGGGCCGGAACCGCGUGAAGGCCGUCGAGGCCGGCGCGGUGGCCGCGCUGGUCGAGCUGCUCCUCGACGAGGGCGGCCGGCGCGUGACAGAGCUGGCAGUGAUUGUGGUCGACCACCUCUGCGGCUGCGCGGAGGGGCGGUCUGAGCUAGUCGCGCACCCGGCGGGGCUGGCCGUCGUGUCUAAGAAAGCGAUGCGGGUGUCCCUGGCCGCCACCGAGAGCGCCGUGCGCGCGCUCCACGCCGUGGCGAGGCACUCACCGACGCCGGCUGUGCUGCAGGAGAUGCUUGCCGUCGGGGUGGUGGCCAAGCUGUUGCUGGUGCUGCAGGUGGAUGCCGGCGAGAGGGCCAGGGUCAGGGCAAAGGAGAUGCUUAAGGCGCACACUAGGGUUUGGAAGGACUCGCCAUGCUUGCCAGCACACUUGAAGGCAUCAUACCCUUGUUGAUACACCAUGUCAUGUGCAUUACAUUGAUAAUUUGUACAUGAAAGGAGCAUACGUUUUGAUUCUCCUUUUUAGUUUUUCACUAAAACGUUUUGGUUAGUAGAUGUACAAAUUCUUUAUUUGUUUCAACAAAAAAUAAUGUAUUUUUCUUAUGUUAUUGAUAUAUAGUCUCCAAUUUAAUGGGCGAAAUGUAUCUAUUGAUGGAUGUAGAUCAUUAGAUAAUGUACAUUUGGAAUAAAUCAAGCUAUGCAUUCUCAA